AAUAAACACAUCUAUUAAACUGUAUAUUUUAUAUUGGACGUACUUUUAUUUAAACGACCCCAGAAACAAUACUUCAAGCAAGAGGAACACAAAAGUUUAGACAUAAAAACACUACUCGGAAUACAAGCCAUGAAUUGCCUCUAUCUGGAAUAUGGUGGCACCAAAGGCACAAAAAGGUCUAUGUUUAAUAAUAAAAAUGAUAAAUUGAUCACACUCGACAGAUUCGCAGAAUCCUCCGAGAAUUCUCUCUACACAAAGGUCUUUGGCAGCCACGGCGUUUUGGUCGAAACUCCAAAAUCGAGUCCCAAGGAGAGAUUUUUUCCCGAGAAUAGGAGAUCCAGUUCCUUGGGGCAAAGGGCCUGGAAAAGGGGCGAAAAUAAACUCCUUUCGGGAAUGAAUUAUUUCACACCCAAAAAGCAAUCUGAUAAUUCCCGAAAGAGUCUCGCAUUGAAAGGGAAAUCUUCUGAAACAUAUAAGCCCGUCUGGUUCGGCACAAGCGAGAACUACAUGUUCAACAGAAAUAAAGAAUUAGCCAGUCAAUCCGGAGACUCCUGUUCCCAGAAAUCCCUUUUCCAAAGGGUCUUUGCCAGCUUUACCUCUGUGGAUGCAAUUCCAGGACGAAUUUCCAAGUCCUCAAGCGAGAGCAGAAGUCCAGGCAGUGGGACAUCGAAAAGUGGUCUUCAAUCGGAAGAACUCAGCGGAGGGAAGUAUCUUUCAUGCACACAACAAACUUUUAGCUUAGACAAGAGUCGCCAAAUCAAAGAAGAGGGUUCUCAAUCUGGUAUAUCUCUCAUGUUUGAUAAGCUGGAGAGUCUCCAGUCCGGAGAAUGUUGGCCAUACAGAAAGGAAUCCUUUCAAUCGGGAAUUUCGAGGCCAUCCGAAGAACCCACUUCUGCAACUGCAACAUGUUUAAAAUGCAAAUAUCAGCUAGAAACAUUUUUAUACGGAGUAUCUGACAUAGUUAAAGAACCAGUUUCUCACACCAGAAAUAGUAAUAGUAAGGAUGAGGAAUCUUAUCAAUCUGAUAGGCAUAGCCUUUUCGAUUGCCUUACUUCUCAGUCAGAAAAGAGUGGUUUUUGCAACGAAGACUCUUUUCAGUCCGGAAAGUUAUCUUUGGAGCACCACUAUCUAAAAAUAAAAUCUUUUCUACCUGGAAAAUCAAGCAAAAUUUGUUCAUCCGGUACGGAGUUUUCUCAAUUUGAAAAAUCGCCUUCUCAAGCUGGAAAGUUUCGCUCAUCUAGUUGGAAAUCGUAUAAGUCUAAAAUAUCCUGGCCAUCCACCAAAAUACUUCAAACUCCUUUAUCUGGGAAUCCUCUCCUAACCAAAGAUUCAACUUGCAACAAGUCCGGAAUAGGUCACUCAUCCAUAAUAUGUCGAGACAACAGUGAAGGUCAGGACCUUCAACCCAAGAACUUUAGCUCAACCACAGAGUCAAAAUCUGUGUCGAAAAAGGAUAAAUUUAAAGAGAGGACCUCGAGGAAAAGCGACUCGGAAAAAUCGCGCGUCAAGUCUCUAAAUGCUUUCUACUCGGAGAGCGAGGACAACAUGGAUCUGAAGGAUGUCCUGAACGAGUCUGAGGAUACGCGAUUCUAUCGCCGAAUGGUCGGGGAAUACUCCUCCGUCGAGGCCUUUCUCAAGGACUUCACCAAACGUAAAGCCAUCGAGUUGAGAGAGCGACGUAAUAAAAAAUUUCCCGACGUGGCCAACAAGUGGUAGAUGGGAAAAUAAGUAUCCCCAUUAUCGUUUGACAUUUUGUCGCAAUUAAUAAAGUUUGUCGCUUCGAAUAGCGAUGGACAACAUCGCACAGAGCCAAAAAAAAUUCAAGUAACAAGGGUUGGAUUUGGUAUCGACUAAGGACAUACCCACUUCUCUGAUUCUGUGAAAGACACAUCCACAUUUUUUUGUAACUUAAUAAAUUUAUAAUUUGCUAUCUGGAAA